AUACCUUAAAUCUAUAGUUCCCCUGAUCUGUUCCCAAAUUUAGAAACCCACUUAUUGAAAUCUGUAUUUGCUUCUCCGUCGUGGGAUUUCUUGUAAACAUACAACCCUGUAGUCUGGUCGCUAUUUCUGGCGUCCCCUAGUGAUAAUUGUGUUUUGUGCAACUCAACAACGGUCCCCCAAGUACGGCUGAUGGUUGACUUUUGAAGGAGUUCAGACGAGUUGUUAUUUCUCGGUGUCGACACCUGACCAACUAGAAUUUUACAUUCGCAGUUAUUUCAGUUGCUUUGACUGUUUCAUUGAAGAUUCUGGAACUGCACUAAACAGGACAACCUGCCUUCUCUCGCAACAUGACAUACCAGAGCAUCUGAAAGAUGAUCCUGGAUUCCUCUUGGACGACAUCACCCAUCUCAAACACUGAACGGACUUCAGCUGCCGACUGAAGACCUACAGGACGCCACCACCAUGACAAUGAAGGCCGCCAAGGCCUUGAAGGGCCUGAAGACCCUUUCUGCGGAUCAGAUAGGUGUCCUAAAGAGUGUGAAGGCAUCUGAAAUGAGUAGUGAUAUCCGCUGUAAGAACCAUGCAGAGAAAGAAGCACUACGGAAACAGAUCAACAUCUGGUAUCAAGACCAACACGAGGCAGUGAAGAAAUUGUCUCAAGAUCAACAACAUGCUUUCAGGAAUCUCAUCAAAUUCCAGAACGAAAAGAGAAAGAUACAAAGACAGUCAUACAUUCAGAAACAACGCGCAAUCCAGCAAACGCUUCGAGAACAGGCCAUCAAAGACAGAGAAGCCGCCGCGAGAAAGUUUCUUGAGAGCACUAUGAAGAAGGGGAAGAAGAAAAUUGUGCAAAGACAAAAGGACAAAUUGGAGACAAAACUUGAAGAUAUAAAUGAGAACGAUGAAAUUGAUGGAAACACACAGCAAUUAGUUGGUGAUAGAUCAGAAGACGAAAACUUCAGGAUAGUUGAAGAAAAUAAGAACCAAAGUGAGGACAAAAAUCAGGGGGAAGUUCCUGGACGAGAUUCAGUCGACAGCGGCAUUGCAACAAAUUCAGUUGACUCUCAAAACUCGUUUGCCAAAAUUGCCGAGAAACUGCCUCACCAUCAUUCCGUACCGUUAAAGGACUUCGUGGGCAAGAGAGAAAGGAGAGUGACAUUUGUGGAAGAAGGGACAAGUGACGUAGAUGCCAAAUCGGAUAUUGACGACAUUGAAGAAAGAAAAUAUGUUGAUAAUAAUGAGAGCAAUGACGUGAUGAUAAAGCCUAUAAGCAUAUCACACCACCAAGUGACUGUUAUUGAUGGGGAAACGGGACACUCAGAAAUCCUUCCUCGGCAGAAAACUCGCAUUGUCGAUGAAUCUGUUUUCCUAAGGAACCAAGUCGGCGGCCUCUCUCUCAGAUCAAACAAAAUGCCCGACAUUCAUCGGGCCCAUCUUAGACCCAGUACGUCAGAGAGACAGCGACGGGAUGAUGGUGGGGUUGCCAUGCCAACAAGGACGGACUCGGAUCUCGACCGCAUUGAUGCGAUCGCGCGCGAAAAUGGAAAGACACACUAUCAUUCCGCAGACGACACUGUUACACUAUCGCGAAUGAACACAACUAGCUCAAUCUUGCCGCCAAUUAGGGAAGAUGCUCAGAUCAAUAGGCAACCGUACGAGACACUGGAUCGUUUAGGAGCGAUCGAUGCCAUCACAGGAAGGACUGAUCACGUGGGUAGCGACAAUUCCGUUGUUGAUGCAUCUCCCGCCAAAAGUUUUCUAUCGUCUGCCGAUGAGAAGAUUCCUGAUCAGUCGGUGAAUGGAAGCGAUGAGGAAGAAGUGCAUAACGCUUGGAAUGAUGACGAUGAGGUGGAAAAGAGAGACAAAAUUCGAGAGAAGAGGAUGAGGGAAAGACGAAAGUUGGAGGAUGACAUGCAUAAAUACCAUGUGGGAAUUGCCAAUAGGACGUUUAAAAUACCAGAAUAUGAAGUCCCUCCGGUGUCUCGUGUUCCCGUAUACACCCGUAACUCUGUUGGUAGUCUGGUUGCCAGCGAGAAAACAGUUCGACUCGCCUCCGAAGAUUUUAAACUUCCUUCCCGGCGUCAGGAGUAUCUUAUUAAGAAAGCUCUCGAGUGGGAGGAAGCGAGGAAGGAGGUCAGGGAGAAAAAACUCCAAGAAUUUCUUGCCAAGAUGAAAGAUUUAGAACAAAGCCUGCCGACGAAAAAUGACCGAAGCAAACUAGGAAGUCGCCGGGAACCCUUCCAGACACAGAAAAGAGAUAGCAUCAGUCACAACAGUAUGAAAUCAACCGUUUUUGGUCGCGCUUUGGCAACAGGGACCAAGUACACCGGAGAAUCCACGGACGUCAACGACCUCCGGAACUGCCGUUACAUUCGCCAGACGAGCAUUGAUAACACAUCGAGUAGUCUGGAUGAGUCUUAUGAAGCAAGGAGGAGAAAAAGAGCCCUGGAUAAGGUCUCGAGUUGGGGACCACUUGGUGCACCACAUGGUGGGUCUUCCAGGAUGAAGAAAAGAACUUCAAGACCUUAUGUGUCAAUAUGACCAAUGGCUUAGCCGAAUGUGAAGGCAUGCCGAAAAUUUUGCUCGUCUUAUGUGAAUGUAUUAUAUGCAUGAUUCUUGCAUUUGAAAGCAAAUAAAUUAAUGAGUGAUUCUGUAUCCUAUCGGUUUGAGGGUUUUGUGGCUAAACC